AUGGAGUGCAUAAAGCACAUUAUAAAGAGCAUGGUCUCUGUGAAGGUGUGGGCGUACAUCAAGGACUACUGUAAACGCAACGGGCUGCUGACGCUCUCGGUCAUCGCCGUGGUUUCUGGCUGUGUGCUCGGCUUCUCCCUCCGCAGUUUAAACCUCUCCACGCAGGUACGGAGGCGCACACACACACACACACACACACACACACACACACACACACACACACACACACACACAGCUACUGAGCCAUGCAACAAGGUUUUGGUUCCAGUGGGCCUAAGGUCUGUAGCACUCAGGCAUCCUAGAGAGAGAUGUGUUAACACAGAGGGCUUUGGGUCUUAGACAGGGGGAUAGUGUUAACACAGAAGGCUUUGGGUCUUAGACAGGGGGAUAGUGUUAACACAGAGGGCUUUGGGUCUUAGACAGGGUGAUAGUGUUGACACAGAGGGCUUUGGGUCUUAGACAGGGGGAUAGUGUUAACACAGAGGGCUUUGGGUCUUAGACAGGGUGAUAGUGUUGACACAGAGGGCUUUGGGUCUUAGACAGGGGGAUAGUGUAAACACAGAGGGCUUUGAGUCCAUUGGGUCACCUAUACAAAUGUCUCUGGUGCAAUGGGCUUUAAAUCAGAAGUACAGUAAACCACUGAGGGGUUGGUUGAGAGGUCUUACACUGGGAUAGUGCAGACAGAGACCAAAGAGAGAGUGACCAGCAAGAUACUUUGACACCACAUAAAACCCCGACUCACAAAGCUUUUACCAUAUUGUUGACAUGGGAAACUACUCUGACUGCAGAUCGAUAACUGCUGUAUUGAAUUCAGAACAGAUGCAAUGCAUCAAUAUCAACUGAACCAUAACCUCCCAAGUGGCGCAGUGGUCUAAGGCACUGCAUCGCAUUACUAGCUGUGCCACUAGAGAUCCUGGUUCGAAUCCAGGCUCUGCUGUAGCCGGCCGCAACCAGGAGACCAAUGGGGUGGCGCACAAUUCGUCCAGGGUAGGGGAGGGAAUGGGUAGAGCAUUGCGUUUGCAACGCCAGGGUUGUGGGUUCGAUUCCCACGGGGGGCCAGUAUGAAGAUUUUAAAAAAUGAUAUUUGCUCGAUAACUGUAAGUUGCUCUGGAUAAGAGCGUCUGCUAAAUAAUGUAAAUAACCUGCACAUCCCAGUUAUACAGUACUGAUACACUUAGCUACAGAGGGGUUGGACUGCUCUACCUGGGUCAAGAGUAGCCAUGGUAAUCCAACCCUUGACAUCUACUAUUUCAUUAAUGGGUCAGCAGCUUCUAAUUUUCUGACGCACUGUUGUAAUCUGCAUCAGCGCUAACUUCAACCUGUCAACAAAUACACAGCAUCAAGCUUAGCCCAAUGGGAAAGCAUGUCGAUUGAUUGAUUUAACUUUAUUAGUCAUGUAAAAACUUAACAAAAUGGACAACAAAAAUAUACAUUGUAAAACAUACUAGGUACCUUGAAGUGGACUUGUCUAAGCUGACCUGGUACAAUGGAACCAAUGGUGUAGUCCCUAAAGUGCAAAUGUUGCCCACCUCAUGUAUUUGUAAGCAUUUUACCUACUGUACGUAUUUGCCCCAGGUCUGCCAUGUACAACAUGUCCCCUGACCCAGAGUGUUGUCUCCCCUCUCCAGGCUAAGAUCUACUUCUCAUUCCCUGGAGAACUGCUGAUGAGGAUGUUGAAGAUGCUGAUCCUGCCUCUCAUCACAUCCAGGUAACACAUCAUCACUACUGUCUGUUCCCCAUGUCCCUACUGCUCUUCUCUCUGGUCUACACCAGAACCCAUGCUACUUCAAUAGAACGCUCUAUACAUUCUAAUGGAAUGAGAUGCUAACCGAAUACUUUAUGAAUUCUAAUGGAAUACAACACUAAAUGACUUCUCUAUGAGUUCUAAUGAAAGAGAAUGCUAACAGAAUGCUCUAUGAAUCCUAACUCCCUGGCCAGUCUGAUGUCGGGGCUGUCAGCCAUGGACACUAAGGCCAGUGGACGGCUGGGGGUCCUUACCAUCACCUACUACCUGUGGACCACCUUCAUCGCCGUCAUCGUUGGCAUCAUCCUGGUGCUGGUCAUCCACCCUGGUACGGGCACAGAGAAGGACGGGCACAGAGGAGGGUCAGGGCCCGUCAUGACUUCUGCUGACGCUCUGCUGGACCUCAUCAGGUACAUAUACAGUGCACACAUUCCCACGCACACACACACGGACGCACGCAAACACGCACGCACAGACAAACGCGCACGUAUGCACAUACACAUGGUGAAGUAUCUUGACGGCCAUAUUUGAAUAGCAUGGCCAACAGACACAUUGCCUGUAUCAGGAGUUGACUGUAGCAGAUUCCCAAGUUUCCUGUCUUUAGUCAGUCUAAGAUAUUUAGCACCCACCUGUUCAUCCUUAACAUCUCUCAUGGGACGAGAUUAAAGAUUUCCACAAGACUCAGACAAAAGAUUCGGACUGCUCUGCUAAUACAGACGUUUGAAAUAAUACAAUAUUUUCUAUCUGUAUCUUCCUGUCGCGGUCUGUGUGGAUUAACCCAUCAAUAAACUAGUCAACCAGUAAACCAGUAAACUCAGUGAACUCCAGUUUACCUCAGCUAAGUAUAAACCAUAAAGGUUGUGUAGGGCCGGGAUUCAACAAAAGGCGCGUUGUGUACAAGCGCAUUGCAUUAUGGACAAUGCGCCAUGUAAAGGCAAUGUUCCUGACGUUGGUGGAGAUCGCAUUCUUGGUAAAUGCUGUGGAUGUCGGCUCAAGUGUAAAUUACCUUUAAAAUUCAAGAGCAAUGGGCUUAACCACAAUGCGCCUUUGAUUGAAUCCCCAACCUGGAUUCAGAGCAUUUCGUAUUAUUUUGUACGCACAUCUGGGACACUCCAUUUAAUAUGAUAUGUUACGUUUCGUAUGGUAUGUAUUAAUUUGUGAACGUAUGAUAUGUUAUGAAUUCUAGCUAGUUGCCUAAUUUUUGCUAGCUGGGUAGCGAUAGCUAGGCUAGGGGUUAGGGGUUAAGGUUAGGGUUAGGGUUAGGGUUAGGAGAAGGGUUAGCCUAAAGCAGGGUUCUCCAAUUCCGGUCCUGGAGGGCCGAAACACCUCUGUUUUUCAUCCUCUCCUUCUAAUCAGGCGCUAAUUCAGACCUGGGACACCAGGUGAGUGCAAUUAACUACCAGGUAGAAAUAAAAAACAGAAGUGUUUCGGCCCUCCAGGACCGGAAUUGAAGAACCCUGGCCUAAAGGGUUAAGGUUAGGGGAACGGUUAGCUAAAUAGGUUAAGAUUAGGAGAAGGAUUAGCUAACAUGCUAAGUAGUUGCAAAGUAGCUAAAAAGUAGUAAGUAAUAAAAAGUAGCUAAUUAGCUAAAGUUGUCCGUGAUGAGAUUUGAACUCGCAAACUUUGAGUUGGUAGACGGUCGUGUAAUACCCACCCAUCCACCCAUUUCAACCACCCUACUUUCGUUUUUGCCGUAAAUAACCUUCUCUCUUAUGUAACCAUACCAAACAUAACAUAUCAUACUAAUUUGAGUGUCCCGGAUUUACAUUUACUAUGUUACGUCUAGUCUAUGAGACCAGGCUGGAAUGUCGGCCUAGGACCAGAAGGAAGGUAAAAGCAGGUAUGUCACAAAUCUGUUUACAAGACAACAUUCAGGGAGGUUCCUAUGAUUAGAACCAUUUAGCAAAGACCCUGCUAGCUAAAUAGCCUGCUAAUACUGACUCUUCAAGGAAUCCGAUCUUUUCUUGUUUGUUUUCUCUUCUGGAUCAUUAGCAGUGUUGUGGUUCUGUGUUGAUUUACUCACCAUUUUAAACCAGUAAACUAGUACAGAACCAGUGAACUCCAGUCCACCCCAAUCCACCUAGUACAGCUAAAUACUGCUACCUGGAAGCGUGUAUUAAGUAGGGGUCUUUAGGUUGUAAAUAGCAUUUAAAACAACAACACCAGUACAAGGUCAUUUAGCUCACGUGGCUUGAGGAAUUUGUACCUUUGGGACGAUUCUAUUGGUUAUAUUGUUCAUAAGCACCUCUGAAACAAGUCAACACCCCAGCGGACCAUGUUAGUAAUAGGCCUCAUUAGGGGAGAGUGGGGUAAUUUGAGCCAUUUUUACAUUCAGUAUCACUUAGUCUAGGGAAAUACAGUAUUAUUUCUAACAAAGAGAUACAUAUAUUUCAGGAUGUAUCCCUGGAAAAACAUAGCUUUUCCCAAAAUAAGUGGUCUCUUGGCACAACUUACCCCAGGUACAGUGCAUUCGGAAAGUAUUCAGACCCCUUCCGUUUUUCCACAUUUUGUUACGUUGCAACCUUAUUCUAAAAUGGAUUAAAUUAUUUUUUUCCCUCAUCAAUCUACACACAAUACCCCAUAAUGACAAAGCGAAAACAGGUUUUUAGAAAUGUACAUAAGUAUUCUGACCAUUUGCUAUGUGACUCGAAAUUGAGCUCAGGUGCAUCCUGUUUCCAUUGAUCAUCCUUGAGAUGUUUCUACAACUUGAUUGGAGUCCACCUGUGGUAAAUUCAUUUGAUUGGACAUAAUUUGGAAAGGCACACACAUGUCUAUAUAAGGUCUCACAGUUGACAGUGCAUGUCAGAGCAAAAACCAACCCAUGAGGUCAAAGGAAUUGUCCGUAGAGCUCCGAGACAGGAUUGUGUCGAGGCACAGAUCUAGGUAAGGGUACCAAAACAUUUCUGCAGCAUUGAAGGUCCCAAGAACACAGUGGCCUUCAUCAUUCUUAAAUGGAAGAAGUUUGGAACCACCAAGACUCUCCCUAGAGCUGGCCUCCCGGCCAAACUGAGCAAUCGGGGGUGAAGGGCCUUGGUCAGGGAGGUGACCAAGAAUCCGAUGGUCACUCUGACAGAGCUCCAGAGUUCCUCUGUGGAGAUGGGAGAACCUUCCAGAAUGACAACCAUCUCAGCAGCACACCACCAAUCAGGCCUUUAUGGUAGAGUGGCCAAACGGCAGCAACUCCUCAGUAAAAGGCACAUGACAACCCGCUUGGAGUUUGCCAAAAGACACCUAAAGGACCUCUGGUCUGAUGAAACCAAGAUUGAACUCUUUGGCCUGAACGCCAAGCGUCACAUCUGGAGGAAACCUGGCACCAUCCCUACGGCGAAGCAUGGUGGUGGCAGCAUCAUGCUGUGGGGAUGUUUUUCAGCGGCAGGGACUGGGAGACUAGUCAGGAUCGAAGGAAAGAUGAACGGAACAAAGUAUAGCGAUCCUUGAUAAAAAAAAACGUACUCCAGAGCGCUCAGGACCUCAGACUGGGGUGAAGUUUCACCUGCCAACAGGACAACGACCAUAAGCACACAGCCAAGACAACGCAGUGACGCUCCCCAUCCAACCUGACGGAGCUUGAGAGGAUCUGCAGAGAAAAAUGGGAGAAACUCCCCAAAUACAGGUGUGCCAAGCUUGUAGCGUCAUACCCAAGAAGACUCGAGGCUGUAAUCGCUGCCAAAGGUGCUUCAACAAAGUACUGAGUAAAGGAUCUGAAUACUUGAAUAAUGUGGUCCUCUGUAGCUCAAUUGGUAAAGCAUGGUGCUUGUGACGCCACGGUAGUGGGUUCGAUCCCCGGGAACACCCAUACGUAAAAAUGUAUGCACACAUCACUGUAAAUGUGAUAUUUCAGUUUUUAAAAAAAUUGAAAUGUGCAAAAAAAAUCUAAACCUGUUUUUGCUUUGUUAUUGUGUGUAGAUUGAUGAGGGGAAAAAAACUAUUUUAUCCAUUUUAGAAUAAAACUGUAACGUAGUAACAUAACAAAAUGUGGAAAACGUCAAGGGGUCUGAAUACUUUCUGAAUGCACUGUAUGGGGUAAGUUGAGCCGUGGGUAAGUUAAGCUGCCUACAAAUUUCUCUACUGAAUGAAAUAUUACCACUACCUUUUUAAAACCAUGUCUAUCUUUAUUUCCCAAACACAAUUGAACACAAUCACUUUUUAGUAUUUUAAUCAUUUUAAGCAUAUUUUAACAUAGACCAGGCCCUGUUGUUCAAUCAUAUCCCAGCAAUAAUGCCUUGCAUUACACCUGGGACGACAACACUUCAAUUUGCUCAACUUGCCAUGGUUCAACCAUUGGCUCGACAUACCCCAAGGCAAACAUUUUGACUAUAUUAGCCCACACAGCUACAAGGAUGCACUUUCAUGCUAGGUUUAGGACCUCAUAUUGAAGCUUCUAGAGACCCCAACUGAUGUAUAGAACAAUCUUUAAAUUAUCUACUUUGGUUUAGAUACAAGCAUCAUGAAACCUCUAACACAAUAAAUUGAUUUGAUUUGGUUAUAAUCUGUUUUUUGGACCUAACUUGCUUACCACUUUUUCCAUGUGGUUUCUUCCAUCACAGACUCCAUAAAAUGAUGACCUCUUCCUAAAUAUUUGGUCAAAUUAUUAAUUUAUUAACAAGGGUGGCUCAUUUUACCCCUUUGGCUGAAUUUACUCCAGUGACGGCUAAGUCUCUAUCUUCUCAGAACACACCGUGUCCUAAAUGCUUUACCCAGAACACACUGCAGGGCCGCCGAGGACCGGCAGUGGCUUAGGCCCUCCGUGUGAAGAAUCCUCCAAAGCCCAGAGGAUUAUGGGUAUUUUUAGUGAAAGCUGUGUACGGGCGGGCGGAUGUAGGCUGUUUGACUGUCAGUGGUGCUUUAGAUCAUUUGUCACACGUCUGAUAGGCUUACUGGCCCUGUGGCAGUGGCUGUAACAUUAUCCUUUAUGAAUACACCAGGACUCCUAAUGAUGAGGACUCUUAACCACCAACACAGGCAACCAGCCUGGUGAUAUUACCACAUUGUGACAUAAUUCUUACAACUUUAUUAUUUCGACAUGGCUUUUGUUAUGAGGAAGACUGCAGAACAGCUGAAACAUACUCACGGUGCAGGAGAAUAUGAGACCAACUAUGAAGAGAAGUCUUUUGGUCAACAACGACCCUAGUCAGAGCAACGACUUUGGCUUUUGGGAAAUUGAACCUUUUGGUUACCUUGUGUCUAUCUACAGGUUUUGUGGUUUGGUUGACAGCUUAAAGGGAUACUUCUGGAUUUUGGCAAUGAUGCCCUUUAUCUACUUCCCUAGAGUCAGAUGAACUUGUGGAUACCAUUUUUAUGUCUAUGUGUGCAGUAUGAAGGAAAUUAGAGGUUGUUUCACAAGCCAAUGCUAACUAGCGUUAGCGCAAUGACUGGAAGUCUAUGGGUAUAUGCCAGCAUGCUCUCUGUCCAGGGUCUUGUUAAGUCUUUCUGAGACAGAGGACCUCUUGGCUUCUGGCCUGACCAGGAGAAAUUGACCCUACUCAGGAUAAGACUGAGACGAUGACAGAAAGCAGAUACCCCAACCUUCUGACAUCUUACAUACUCAUAGAGAUUUCGCCCAAAAAAUCGGAACAAAUCAGAUCUGACAAUAUGACAUGACACAUCAUAUAAACUGUUUUAUUAUCACCCCAUUACUCAGGGAAUAACUCCAAUCAUACAUCCAAUAAUGUUGUAGAUUUAUGGUUAACAUGUUAUUCUACCUCUCUUUGACAGGAACAUGAUUCCCUCCAAUCUGAUAGAGGCAACUUUUCAACAGUACCGUACAGACCUGGUGCCCAUUGUGGCCUCCAGUGUGGUAGAGUCCCAGGCUAACUACGUCUACGUGAUGCCCGACCACAACAACCCUCAGCUGGGCCACCCUGUCUUCCUGGAGAUCACCCCAGCUCCAGACAUCAAGUACAAGAUCGUCCCUGGCCACAGCUCUGGCAUGAACGUACUAGGGAUUGUCAUAUUCUCUGCUACUAUGGGUGAGACACACACACACACACACACACACACACACACACACACACACACACACAUAGUAUGCAUGAAUGAACACACACAAAUGACACACUGGAUACACGAGUACACACACACACACCCUUCCAAUCACCCCUGUUUCUGACCCUGUGUGUUUUCUCUGUGCAGGCCUGCUCCUGGGGAAGAUGGGAGAGAGAGGUGCUCCACUGGUCAAUGUGUGUCAGUGUGUCAAUGAGUGUGUUAUGAAGAUCAUCACUGCUGCCAUGUGGUGAGUUGGUGAGACACACACAGCAAAGUCACUUGUCUGAACUCUCCUUCACAUGUAAAGGUCUGGUAAUCCUGAUCUGGCUAGAUUGAGAUUCAUUUAGAUUUAAAUUAGAAGUGGACCUCACCAACACACACACACAUCUUCCCCCCUCCUCUCUUCCCCUAGACCUUAGUCAUUAGCUCAGUAUAAGUCUGCAUUUCAGGAGUGGCAGGUUAUCAAGGUGAGCCAGGUCGACCCAAAGCUGCUUUAGUUCUUAGAAAGCCCAAAACACAGGGGGCAUGACACCGCCUAGUGGACAGAGACAGGAUAACAACAAGGGCCCAGUCCGCACAUUGCUUGCUCGCCUAAUCUAUUUCCAGGUAUUUCCCGUUCGGCAUUGUGUUCCUGGUAGCGGGGAAGAUCCUGGACAUGCAUGACCCCGCCCACCUGGGAGAGAAGCUGGGGAUGUACUUCAUCACAGUGUUAGCCGGCCUGUUUGUCCACGGACUCAUCCUGCUGCCGCUCUUCUACUUUAUAAUCACACGCAAAAACCCCUUCACCUACAUCAGAGGCCUGCUACAGGCUCUGGUCAUCGCCCUGGCAACCUCCUCCAGUUCCGCCACCCUGCCCAUCACCAUGAAGUGUCUGUUGGAGAACUGUGGAGUGGACAGACAGAUCGCCAGGUUUGUCCUUCCAGUGGGAGCCACCAUCAACAUGGACGGGACAGCCCUCUACGAGGCCGUGGCAGCCAUUUUUAUCGCGCAGGUCAACGAGUACGAACUAGACUUUGGUCAGCUGGUCACCAUCAGGUGAGGACUGUCUACACAAGCACUCACACACACCCUUAGUUACUUUCUGUCACUGCGCGCACACACACACACACACACACACACACACACACACACACACACACACACACACACACACACACACACACACACACACACACACACACACACACUCUGACCCUGCUCUUGUCUCUUCAGUAUCACAGCAACAGCAGCCAGUAUCGGGGCUGCUGGGAUUCCGCAGGCGGGUCUGGUUACCAUGGUGAUCGUCUUGACCUCCGUGGGGCUGCCGCCCGCUGACAUCACACUGAUCGUGGCCAUUGACUGGGUCCUGUAAGUGUCUGACCGUGAGAGUGUUUUGGACUGAGUCCUGUGAGCAUCUGACAGAAACGCACUAUAGAUACUUUAAACAGUAAAUAUAAGUUCCCUCUGUUGGUUGUGUCUGGCAGGGAUCGUUUCCGGACCAUGAUCAAUGUGUUGGGAGACGCCCUGGCUGCAGGCAUCAUGUGUCACCUCUGUAAGAAGGACUUUGAGAGGAGGGAGUCAACCUCUAACUCCGGCCGGGUAACAACUAUAUACCACCUUUACACUGACCCCCGCCCUAACCCCUCUACAAUACAACUAUAUACCACCUUUACUCUGACCCCCGCCCUAACCCCUCUACAAUACAACUAUAUACCACCUUUACACUGACCCCCGCCCUAACCCCUCUACAAUACAACUAUAUACCACCUUUACACUGACCCCCGCCCUAACCCUCUACAAUACAACUAUAUACCACCUUUACACUGACCCCCGCCCUAACCCCUCUACAAUACAACUAUAUACCACCUUUACACUGACCCCCGCCCUAACCCCUCUACAAUACAACUAUAUACCACCUUUACACUGACCCCCGCCCUAACCCCUCUACAAUACAACUAUAUACCACCUUUACACUGACCCCCGCCCUAACCCCUCUACAAUACAACUAUAUACCACCUUUACACUGACCCCCGCCCUAACCCCUCUACAAUACAACUAUAUACCACCUUUACACUGACCCCCGCCCUAACCCCUCUACAAUACAACUAUAUACCACCUUUCACUGACCCCGCCCUAACCCCUCUACAAUACAACUAUAUACCACCUUUACACUGACCCCCGCCCUAACCCCUCUACAAUACAACUAUAUACCACCUUUACACUGACCCCCGCCCUAACCCCUCUACAAUACAACUAUAUACCACCUUUACACUGACCCAGCCCUAACCCCUCUACAAUACAACUAUAUACCACCUUUACACUGACCCCAGCCCUAACCCCUCUACAAUACAACUAUAUACCACCUUUACUCUGACCCAAGCCCUAACCCCUCUACAAUACAACUAUAUACCACCUUUACACUGACCCCCGCCCUAACCCCUCUACAAUACAACUAUAUAAUACCAGGUUUUCGUGUGUUUGAAUCUGCUCUUUGACUAACUGUGUGCUCUCUCUCUGUGUGUGUUAUGUGUGUGUUUUGUGUAUGUGUUUUGUGCAGAGGGACACACUGAUCUCCUUCGGUGGCCAGAGUGUCCAGAGUUGUGCCCUGUCCGAGGCUCCUCUCAUGGACUAUGCCCAUCGCUGUGACUAUGUCUACGAGGUGGAAGGUGACUGUGUCACAGAGAGAUCUGGCCCCACCUACAACCUGUGUCAGGUUUAAGAGAAACCUGUUCCCUGUUACAACCUGUGACCUGUGUUACAAAGAAACCGGUCCCCGGCUGCAACCUAUAUCUCAGAGAAACCGGUCCUCUUCUACAUGCAGUGUCACAGACAAAUCCGUCCCCUGCUACAACCUGCGUCACAGACAAACCUGGUGUUUGGUCUGAGACACUUUCACUAGACAGACAGCAGGGAGCACUGCCCGCCUUCAACACCAUUCUAUUUAUAGUAAUAUACAUACAGUUGACUCCUGAUAUCAAUGGCUAUGGACUGGGGAAUUACAAUGGGACUGUGAAACAACCCUGCACUGAAACAGAGUUUGCACUUUUCUAAUGUGCAUUUAUCAGGGGUUGACAGUGAUGUCUUCAUAAUGUUGUCUAGUGGAUCAGUUGGUUGGAGCAGGAUGUUCCCACACCACAAAUGGUUUUGGGGUUGAUUCCCACAUGUGCAGUAAGUCGCUUUGGUUAGUGUCUGGUAAAUGUUCAACUUUUUACUGUCUGAUGAUCACACCUGUGCCAUGAUGAGGAAGCAGGUUUUCCUAAUCAUUUUGUGACUGGAUUUCUAGGCUACUGUAACCUACCAGGGACUUAUAGGUCCACCAAGGUGCAUGUUAUGUCAGAGUCAGUUUUCCUUCUUUAGUUAAAUGCAGAUUCCGCUCAGGACGCCAUUUUGGUGUCGCAGUGUACUGCAGCACAGCGCACUUUUUAGGCAACCAGAUGGCAUUAUGGACACCAUUUUGGUUUUAUGUACUAGUGACUGUAAAGAUAGAUGACGAGCACUUUCAGAGGUUUUUUAAACCUUGUUUGGUGUCAGAAUGGUUGUGGAUACCUUCAUGAAGUUACGAUAUUCUAGGGCAAGGGUAUUCAACUCUUACCCUAUGGUCCGGAGCCAGCUGGUUUUCUGUUCUACCUGAUA